UCGGACCUGUCGGUCACCUCUCGGACAUCAAGGGUCUCUCAUGCCACGACAAUCCGUUCUGUGGCAACACUAACUGAUACUCUGAAGACAAAGACUGGCUUAUCCAUCCCCAUUCUGCCUGAUGCUGUCUUCACCAAUGUACAGCGUGGUUCUGUCCUAGCCGCAACUUAUUCCAUUAUUCAAGGGCUAUUUGCAAUAGUUACAGGAUGCUUUGAUAUCUAUUCUUUGUCACUUGCCGCCCCAGGUUCCAGCCAUUAUGGAUUCUACUUGUUUUCAUACGAUUUUGUAUAUUCUGGAAAUCCACAUGUCCGCAAUUCCCUGAUGCUGUUUGGAGGCAUUACAGCCUUUGGAGGAGUCUGCCUUAUCAUUACCAGUGUUGUACUUCUGCAAGGCUUGAGAAAGGAGAUAGAGUUCCGCAUGGAGCCCUGGAUAUGGUGUAUGGCCCUCUUCACUGCCUGGCGUAUUCUGAUCAUCAUUUACUCAUCAAUCGUCAAUGACAUGGUGUUUGCCUACCAUGUAGUGAUGUGCCUGCUCUGGCUUCUGUUCAUUGCAGGCAACAUAUUUGCAUGGUUGGUUGUUCACUCCUUCUACCACGAGCUGUGUGAGGUUACAAGGCUUGAAGAUGUUGCAAGGGUGAAGAUGGAGACAAUGAGCUCAUUUACUGCAUCACGACCCACCACACCAGGGGCAAGGUCUGAAGUGUCAUCCAAGAUGAUUGCAUAAGUUAUUCCAUGAUACAUGAGCAGUUGAGGUUUUUGUGCUUCAUAAUUGUUUCAGAUUUACAUUGGAUCUGAGGCAUUUGCUGAUUAUGAUUUCUAUAGAAUGCAAAGGGAUGAUGAUAUUAGGUCUUGUGGGAUUGUUAUAGACUUUUUUUUUUUUUUUUUUUUUUGCAUAUAUUAAUUGAUUUAGAUUUGAUUCAAUGUAAAUGCUUCUUCUAUAGUACCAGUUAUUUUACUUAGUUGUUCAAUUGAAUUUGUAUUUUUAAAGUAACUGACUGUGUAUGGGCCUGAAAAAAAAUAGUUGACAUUGAUUUAGAAGUGAAUUAUGAAGCCAAUUAAUUUUUGUUCAGUUACAAUACAUGUCUUUUUAAUUACUAAAGUAAUUAUUAUUUUUACACACACACCUUUUUUGUAUAUGCCAAAAUAAACAUAACAGCAAAUGAGCCAAACCCAAUAUAAAAAUAGGCAGUUGCAUUCAUAACUUUCUUAAAGUUUACCAAAGAUAAGACUUCAAUGUUAUUGUUAUUGGGAAUCUCAUACUUGUAUAAAGAGGAAUUUCAAGUAUAUGUAAGGUGAGGGCCUACCUCUGUUUCCCCUUGCUGUGUAUAUCAGCUGCCAGAUUAGUGUUAAAGCUAUUUACACACUUUUAUUAUUGUAUGUAUCACUGUAGCUAAUAUGAAGUCUAACAACUUUGAAUGUCCAUGCUUACAUUUGUCAAGAUACUAACUUGAGUUUUUUCUUUACUUUGUUGGUAGUACAGGUACUUAAAUUCUUUAGGUAUACCACUGUGAGAUGUUGGAAAAGCUUGGUUUCUGAAAAUUUCUUAUUUAUGAUGUGUUUGUUCUGCAUUUACACAUAUCAGUAUAAGAGUCUUAUGUAGGUUUCAGAUAAAUAUUAUGGAAGAAGCCUCAGUUGCAAUUUACCAGAAAACUGGUAGUCUGGAGAAUAAAGUAGAUUGUCCUAAAUGAGUGCAAAAGAGCAGUGCAUGCACUGUACAUAGCUCAGUGCCCUGCUUCACCCACAAAAGACAGGCAGCAUGAAGGCUGUAAUGGAUGACCCAAUCCCAGGUUUUUAUACAGUUAGUAACUUCAGCAACAGUAGUGGCUUUCUUGUGGCCUGAGGUGGGUGUGAAUGUAGACCGUCCCAUUUGAAGGUCCUGGUAUUACCACUGAGCUGGCAAUUAUUUUGUUUAGAGUAUUUUAUUUAGUACUCUUCUUUGUUAUGGUUAAAUAGUUUGUACCGUAAAUGUUUAUGAUCAGUGACCUGUAGGAUUAUUUUUAAUAUUAGUGAAAAGCACAAAGGAAAGGUAUAUUUUUGGUAGUAAAGGAUCAAUGCUAUUUUUCAUAUAUUUGCUAACAUACCUUUUAUACAUAGAAAUAUGAGCACUCCAUAUUAACUGCAAAAGUAAGUUUGCCUCUCAUAUUAAAUUGCUGUAAGUUCCAGUAUAGAGCAAUUCCACCUCAUUAUGAAUUUUAGUGUUCAUUCCCUAUAAAGCAGAAAAUAGUCAAGAUACAUUAAAAGUAGGUAACUCUGCAGUUAAAUUAACUAUGCGGACUAUAUCUUUUAUUUUUGAAUGUGGUUGUGAAUAUUUUUGCAUAAAAAGGUUGAACUGAAAAUUACUGGGAACUAUUACAGAAUUUAUUUAUUUGAGAGAAAUAUAUAGAUAUGGUCAAGCAUUUGUUAUAUUUGUAAGAGAAAGUUCAUUUAGAAUCUGUACCUCUUGAGAACUGAUCCGUCCAAUUGAUCAUUGACAUAAACAAAACACUGAAAUAUAGAUAUGGUCAAGCAUUUGUUAUAUUUGUAAGAGAAAAUACCUUUAGAAUCUGUACCUUUUGAGAACUGAUCCGUCCAACUGAUCAGUGGAAUGAACAAAACACUGAAAUAUAUAUUUUUGUAUAUAUGUGUAAUAAAUAUUUGGAAAGUUAUUAA